GUUAGGGAGCCUCCAAACGGAGCACGCUCACGGAGAAUCUCCCGUUCAGAAACAUCGCUUAGUCCUCAUUUACUCACUGGGAACCUCGGAGGAUUUCAGCUGAUCUUUUUCUCUCCUUAGACAGUGAGGAGCUCAACAUAACAGGGAAAAGGAGCACAGGAUGCAGCUACUUGAAGGGUGUUGAUUGAAAACUUCGAUCUCCCCACCCCAUUCACGGUUGAUUUGACGGAUUUCUCACCUCGUUCACAGAGAAAAUUUCAAUUAAGGUCCCUUUAGAUGGAAUAUAAUACAGCAGAAGCCUUUUCAUCAAAAGGAUUAAUGCCUGCAUUAUCAUUUCUGCAAUAAAACAAGAAGCUAAGUGGUGGAGGCCACAGACACCUCAAACCUGGAUUCCACAGUUCUACGUUAAGUUUUGGAGUUUUUAUUACUCAGCUGUAGGAAAGCCUUUGCCAAUGCUUACAAGGAACUGUUUAUCCCUGCUUCUCUGGGUUCUGUUUGAUGGAGGUCUCCUAACACCACUACAACCGCAGCCACAGCAGACUCUAGCCACAGAGCCAAGAGAAAAUGGUAUCCAUCUGCCAGGACAACGGUCACAUUUCCAACGUGUUAAACGUGGCUGGGUAUGGAAUCAAUUUUUUGUGCUGGAAGAAUACAUGGGCUCCGAGCCUCAGUAUGUGGGAAAGCUCCAUUCCGACUUAGACAAGGGAGAGGGCACAGUUAAAUACACCCUCUCAGGAGAUGGCGCUGGCACCGUUUUUACCAUUGAUGAAACAACAGGGGACAUUCAUGCAAUAAGGAGCCUAGAUAGAGAAGAAAAACCUUUCUACACUCUUCGUGCUCAGGCUGUGGACAUAGAAACCAGAAAGCCCCUGGAGCCUGAAUCAGAAUUCAUCAUCAAAGUGCAGGAUAUUAAUGAUAAUGAGCCAAAGUUUUUGGAUGGACCUUAUGUUGCUACUGUUCCAGAAAUGUCUCCUGUAGGUGCAUAUGUACUCCAGGUCAAGGCCACAGAUGCAGAUGACCCGACCUAUGGAAACAGUGCCAGAGUCGUUUACAGCAUUCUUCAGGGACAACCUUAUUUCUCUAUUGAUCCCAAGACAGGUGUCAUUAGAACAGCCUUGCCAAACAUGGACAGAGAAGUCAAAGAACAAUACCAAGUACUCAUCCAAGCUAAGGAUAUGGGAGGACAGCUUGGAGGAUUAGCCGGAACAACAAUAGUCAACAUCACUCUCACCGAUGUCAAUGACAAUCCACCUCGAUUCCCCAAAAGCAUCUUCCACCUGAAAGUUCCUGAGUCUUCCCCUAUUGGCUCAGCUAUUGGAAGAAUAAGAGCUGUGGAUCCUGAUUUUGGGCAAAAUGCAGAAAUUGAAUACAAUAUUGUUCCAGGAGAUGGGGGAAAUUUGUUUGACAUCGUCACAGAUGAGGAAACACAAGAGGGAGUCAUCAAAUUGAAAAAGCCUUUAGAUUUUGAAACAAAGAAGGCAUACACUUUCAAAGUUGAGGCUUCCAACCUUCACCUUGACCACCGGUUUCACUCGGCGGGCCCGUUUAAAGACACAGCUACGGUGAAGAUCAGCGUGCUGGACGUAGAUGAGCCGCCGGUUUUCAGCAAGCCGCUCUACACCAUGGAGGUUUACGAAGACACUCCGGUAGGGACGAUCAUUGGCGCUGUCACUGCUCAAGACCUGGAUGUAGGCAGCAGUGCUGUUAGGUACUUCAUAGAUUGGAAGAGUGAUGGGGACAGCUACUUUACAAUAGAUGGAAAUGAAGGAACCAUCGCCACUAAUGAAUUACUAGACAGAGAAAGCACUGCGCAGUAUAAUUUCUCCAUAAUUGCGAGUAAAGUUAGUAACCCUUUAUUAACCAGCAAAGUCAAUAUACUGAUUAAUGUCCUAGAUGUAAAUGAAUUUCCUCCAGAAAUAUCUGUGCCAUAUGAGACAGCCGUGUGUGAAAAUGCCAAGCCAGGACAGAUAAUUCAGAUAGUCAGUGCUGCAGACAGAGAUCUUUCACCUGCUGGGCAACAAUUCUCCUUUAGAUUAUCACCUGAGGCUGCUAUCAAACCAAAUUUUACAGUUCGUGACUUCAGAAACAACACAGCUGGAAUUGAAACCCGAAGAAAUGGAUACAGCCGCAGGCAGCAAGAGUUGUAUUUCCUCCCUGUUAUAAUUGAAGACAGCAGCUACCCUGUCCAGAGCAGCACAAACACAAUGACUAUUCGAGUCUGUAGAUGUGACUCUGAUGGCACCAUCCUGUCUUGUAAUGUGGAAGCAAUUUUUCUACCUGUAGGACUUAGCACUGGGGCACUGAUUGCAAUUCUACUAUGCAUUGUUAUACUCUUAGCCAUAGUUGUACUGUAUGUAGCACUGCGAAGGCAGAAGAAAAAAGACACUCUGAUGACCUCUAAAGAAGACAUCAGAGACAACGUCAUCCAUUACGAUGAUGAAGGAGGUGGAGAGGAAGAUACCCAGGCUUUCGACAUCGGGGCUCUGAGAAACCCAAAAGUGAUCGAGGAGAACAAAAUUCGCAGGGAUAUAAAACCAGACUCUCUCUGUUUACCUCGUCAGAGACCACCCGUGGAAGAUAACACGGACAUAAGGGAUUUCAUUCAUCAAAGGCUACAGGAAAAUGAUGUGGACCCAACUGCCCCACCGUACGAUUCACUGGCCACAUAUGCCUACGAAGGGACUGGGUCCGUGGCAGAGUCCCUCAGCUCUAUAGACUCUCUCACCACAGAAGCCGACCAGGACUACGACUACCUGACAGACUGGGGACCCCGCUUUAAAGUCUUGGCAGACAUGUUUGGCGAAGAAGAGAGUUACAACCCUGAUAAAGUCACUUAAGGGAGUCGUGAAGGCUAAAAUACAACCGAGAGGGGAGAUUUUU